GUACAUAGUUGACAUAAAGACGACUUGUGUAAACAUCCCCAACAUUUACAACCUACGGCUUCUCUCUCUCACACCCUCUACAAAACCAAACGAAUUCAACCAAUACCCACAAAAAUUACAACACAUAUUGAUCUAUAUUCACAAUCAUCACAUCCAAUUUUAACUAAAACAGCCCAUUUGGGGUUAAUUUACCCCCAAAAUGCCGGUAAAAACCGGCGGUUUGCUACUGAUCCUGUUGCUGGUGGCAGUUACGGUUGUGUGUGACGGUGGUGGUGAGUUUCCGGCGAGGGUUUUGACUCUGGCGAGAGCUUUUCCGGCGAACAAGACGGUGGAGCUUGAUAUACUCAAGGCACGUGACCGUGUCAGACACGCUAGAAUCCUUCAAGGGUUCACUGGUGGUGUUGUUGAUUUCAAUGUUUUUGGUACCUCUGAUCCUUAUUACGGCGGAUUAUACUUCACAAAAGUGAAAUUAGGGACUCCGCCGAAAGAAUUCAAUGUGCAAAUCGAUACGGGGAGUGACAUCUUGUGGGUCACUUGUAGUUCUUGCAGUGAUUGUCCCGACACAAGUGGAUUUGGUAUGCCGCUCAACUUCUUUGAUGCCGCAAGCUCGUCAACUGCUUCUAUGGUUUCGUGUUCAGAUCGCAUAUGCUCUUCUAAUAUUAAAAUUGCCGAUGCAUCGUGUUCUGAUGGAGAUCAAUGUAGUUAUGAGUUUAAUUACGCGGAUAAUAGCGGGACGUCUGGUCAUUAUAUGACCGAUUUGUUACAUUUUGAUACGGUUAUAGAUCCUUCCAUGAUUGCCAACUCUUCGGCUUUCAUCACUUUUGGUUGUAGUACCUAUCAAUCUGGUGGUUUGACAAAAUCGGAUAAAGCGAUGGAUGGAAUCAUUGGAUUCGGUCAACACGGUUUAUCCGUAAUAUCACAACUUUUCGCUCAAGGGAUUACUCCGAAAGUAUUCUCGCAUUGCUUACGUGGCGAUGGAAAUGGUGGCGGCAAACUUGUUCUCGGUGAGAUUUUGGCUCCAACGAUGGUUUAUAGUCCCCUUGUUCCAUCACAGCUUCAUUACAAUUUGGAGUUGCAGAGUAUCGCUGUCGGUGAACAGUUAUUGCCUAUCGACACAUCAGCUUUCGGCACAUCAUAUAAUCAAGGAACCAUUGUUGAUACCGGAACAACAUUGUCUUAUCUCACUGCACAAGCAUACGAUCCUUUUGUCGAUGCCAUAACUGCUGCUGUUUCACAAUUCGCAACGCCGGUUGUUUCAAAUGACGAGCAAUGUUAUUUAGUGACGUCAAGAAACAGCGUAGACAUGAUAUUUCCCGAGGUUUCGUUAAAUUUUGCUGGCGGUGCAUCCAUGAUUCUUAAACCGGAGAAGUACCUUAUGCAAGGGGAUCCUAUUUUUCUUCAGGAGGGUGGUGUUCCGUGGUGCAUUGGCUUUCAAAAAGCGAGCAAUGGGGUAACCGUUCUUGGAGAUCUUGUUCUUAAAGAUAAGAUCUUUGUUUAUGAUUUAUCAAGAAACCGAAUGGGAUGGACGGAUUAUGAUUGUUCGGCUGAUGUUUCCAUCAAGUCCUACAAUAAUGAGUACGUCGAUGGACACUUGAGCGCUUGCAUAUCGUUAAGAUUUACUAGUCUUGAAGUUCUUCUAGUGCAUAUAUUACUUUGGUCUUUAAUAUGGUGAAUAGAUAGUGACGAAGACGCCUUUUUUUUUUCCCAUCUUCGGCCCCCUUCUUUCUAAAGAACCGGCUCCAGUCCGAUCUUCGUGGUUUUUGAGCUAGAGUUCUGUUGUCUUCAGUUUUGUGUCGGUUUGGCUUGCGGGUCGCCGCUAAUUUACCCAUUCAGAUAAGUUUUGACUUGUUUAGGCUCUAUUGUGGUUUAGGUUUUUAUCUUGGUGUUUUUUUUCUUCCAUUUUAGAGUUGAAUUUUGUAAGAAAACAAUUUGAUGGUCUCAUUUGUUUACUUAUUUUCUUAUUA